AUGGUUAGCACUAGAGGUCUUGGUCGGGCUUUAGGGCACGCAAUAGGAAAAGUGUUAGGGAGGAGAGACGAGAGUGACGAUGAUGUCCCCCAGUGGCGAAGACCUAUUGCAUCAGCCUGUAGACAGAGACAACAACAAGUUGUUCUCGUGGACCCUCCUAUGGCCGAGGAGGAAUUGGUCGAUGACCAACUAGAAGCACAUGUUGAAGAAGGUGUUGCUGAUGUUGUGGGUUUUCUAGGUGGAUCCCAUGACACAUCAGAAUGUCCAGAGUUGAAGUUAUCUUCCCAUGGAAGGAAGAUGACUAAGUUUGGGAGGCCUGCCCCAGAGAUUGAAGGCCUUGUGGUGGCCAGUGGACUGAGUCCUUUGAUCGCUUAUUCCCUAGAUACAUGCGAUCAUGGACUAAUGUCUGCUUUUGUGGAAUACUGGCAUAAGGUAACAAGCAGUUUCCAUUUGUCCGUUAGAAAGGUGACUAUCACCUUGGAUGACAUUGCGUCUUUGUUACAUUUGCCUACUGUAGAGGUGUUCCACGGCUUCGAGCAACUUCAUGUCGACAAUGUUGUCGAGAUGUUGGUGGAGUUACUCGAGGUUAGUGCUAUAGAUGCUAGAGCUGAGACCAUUCAGUGUCAUGGAUCUUAUGUGCAACUAUCGUGGUUGCGUGACUUGUAUGAGCUGAAGAUUGAGGCAUGUGAGUGGAUUGUAGCAGGGCGAGCGUAUUUGUUGCAUCUCUUUGGAUGCACACUCUUUGCUAACAAGAGUGUCACACACAUGCAUGUGGUAUUCUUGGAUGCAUUGUGUGACCUGAAACAGAGUGUGGGUUACGCUUGGGGCGCUGCUGCACUUGUGUACAUGUAUGAUAAUUUAAAUGAUGUGUUGAAGAGCACGACGAGGUAG